AUGGAGUCGUGGAAGGAGGGUUCUGAUUGUUGCUCAUGGGAUGGGGUCGAGUGUGACAACAACACAAGUCAAGUAAUUGGCCUCGACCUCAGUUGCAGCUGGCUCAACGGCACCAUCCACCCCAAAACCACCAUCUUCUACUACUUUCCUCACCUCCAAAGCCUCAACCUUGCUUUCAAUGACUUUGGUAUGUCUCCAAUCUCAUCUGAAUUUAGUCGAUUCCCCAGUUUGACACACCUCAACCUCUCUGACUCUAGUUUUUCUGGCAAAGUCCCUAUAGAAGUCUCCUUUCUGAGCAAAUUGAUCUCGCUUGAUCUCUCUAACAAUUAUGAUUUGAGGUUGGAAGAACCGGGAUUUGAAUUACUUGUUCAAAACUUAACCAAGGUAAGAGAACUUAAUCUUAGAGAUGUAAACAUAUCUUCAGUGGUUUCCAAUUCCUUGCUCAAUCUGACUUCUUUAACACUUCUCGAUCUUUCUUUUUGUGGAUUGCUUGGAAAAUUACCUGACGGAAUAUUCCAUUUAUCACAUCUGAAUGAGCUGAGUAUAUUGUAUAAUCUUGCUCUCACUGGUUAUUUUCCCGAGUUUAUAAACUCGAGCAGUCCUCUCCAGUACUUGGACCUUUCAUUCACUAAUUUCUCUGGAGAACUACCUGACUCAAUUGGGAAUUUGAAGUCCUUGAAAAAGUUGGCUGCCUAUGAUUGUAAAUUUUAUGGAUCCAUCCCUACGUCGCUCGGAAACCUUACGGCAAUGACUCAUUUAGAAAUCGGAUAUAAUAAUUUCACUGGCAUGCUCCCAUCUUCACUUUCAAACCUUGGAAAUCUUGUCCGCUUGCAAGUUGCAGGUAAUAAUUUUGAAGGUAUAAUUUCGGAUAUUUUACCCAACAGUAAAAGUCUUCUUUAUUUACAUGCUGGUUCAAAUAACUUCAGCAGUCCAUUCCCAUCAUUGGUUUCAAACCUAACAUCACUGGUUGAGUUAGAUUUGUCGCAUAAUCAGCUAAGAGGACCUCUUCCAUCACAAAUAAUUGGAUUUCCAAAUCUAACGUUGUUAAGUUUAGAUGAUAACUUAAUCAAUGGUACAAUUCCAUCUUGGGUCUUCAGCUUACCAGCAUUGAAUCACUUAAGCAUCCGUAAUAACAAAUUGACUGGGCAUGUGAAAGAGUUCAAAUCCACUGAUUUAAAUGUUGUUGAUUUGAGCAAUAACAACCUACAUGGUAUGUUUCCAAGUUCAACCUUCAAACUCGAGUACCUUUAUAGUCUUAUUCUUUCAUCAAAUAACUUCAGUGGUAAGCUAGACAUGCUCUGUCAUGCAAUUUCCCUUCACAUUCUUGCCCUGUCUAAUAAUAGCUUUAAUGGUGCUAUUCCACAAUGUUUAGGAAAUUUCAGCACAGUUUUCUAUGUGCUUGAUCUGGAGAAGAAUAAUUUUUCUGGCACCAUUCCUAAUACAUUUGUAAAGGGAAAUCGCUUUGAAACUAUCAACCUGAAUGGCAAUGGAUUUGAGGGGCCAGUACCAAAAUCUUUAGUCAAUUGCAAACUUUUAGAAGUGCUAGACCUUGGAUGUAACAAGUUCUCUGACAAAUUUCCAUAUUGGUUGGAAAAACUACAAUGGUUGCAAGUUCUAAUACUGACAUCUAACAAAUUCCAUGGACCCAUGCCAACUUCCAAAGCCAAAUUUCCCUUCCUUAAUUUGCGAGUUAUGGAUUUGUCAGACAAUUAUUUUACUGGUCCAUUGCCGGAAAAAUAUUUCAAGAAUUUCAAUGCUAUGAUGAAUGUUGACGAAGCCAAUUUUAAAUUGCAAUACUUAUCAAGCAGUUCUGGCACAUAUUACUAUCAUUUGACUAUAGUAAUCAAAGGAUCAACCAUAGAAAUGGAAAAAGUCCUAAUCAUUUUCACUGCAAUUGAUUUAUCAAAAAAUAAAUUCGAAGGUCAGAUUCCACAGAUCAUUGGAAAGUUAAAUUCAAUCCGAGGGCUCAACUUGUCACACAAUAAGCUUAUAGGUCAUAUACCAACAUCUCUUGCUAAUUUGACAAUGCUCGAAUGGUUAGACCUCUCUUCCAACAAACUCAAUGGGGAGAUACCUCAACAACUAAAGAAUUUGAAAUACCUUGAAGUCUUAAACCUUUCGCAGAAUCAACUAAUAGGACCGAUACCACAAGGCAACCAAUUUGAUACAUUUUUAAAUGGUUCCUACAUUGACAACUUGGCUUUAUGUGGACCUCCAUUAUUAAAUGCAUGCAAUCUAAGUACACCACAACCACCAUCCUUGAUGUUUCAACAAGAAGACAAUACUUCAAGUGGAUUCAAUUGGGAAGUCAUAUUACCGGGUUAUAUAUGUGGGCUGGUGUGGGGACUUGUUAUGGGAUAUCUUAUGUUCUCUAGAGGAAAACCUCAAUGGCUUGUGAGGAUCAUUGAAGGUGAACGAAACGAAAGCAGAAAGAGAUUUAAAAAGCAUGCUCAUAGGAACAGAGGAAGUUGCAGUGUAUUUCAAUUUGAUCUAAGCGGCGUAGCUUUUGGAGCCAUGGCGAAUUUUGGUCAAGCUGAUGCAUUACACAAUGCUGGGAAGUUGCAGAUACAAUGUCGAAGGUGCUGUUUGAAUUCAAACAGAUUUGCAAAAUGUUUCAACAGAUUAACUGCUGGGCAGUUUGAAACCUAUCCAAUUGGCUGGUUUGAUUUGGAUGGAUCAAUCGACAACUCUGGGUGGCUAAGUGAUGAGUCGAAUAACGAGGAAGGAACUGAAAUGAAAUCGGAGGAAAUAGAAGCAAGAAUUGAUGUAUUGGCCAAAAGGGCUGAUGAAAAAGGAAAACUACCGGAGAACACUGGCAUGGAAAAUUCAACUCAGGAACUAGGCGCUGUGAGCACUGUGGACAUGGAACAAGAAACUGCACUGAAGCAGUUUGAACAAAAGAGGGUUGAAGACAACCAAAAAACUGUAAUGGCCCAACACCCUGCGGGGGGUACUUGUGAUGUGAAAGUGAGCCCAACGGAGCCGGACAACUAUUUGUUGGCUGCUGAAGGUGCAUGGUAG